AUCCUGGUGGCCGUUGCGUCACUUCCGGCCGCCAUUUCACCCGCUGCGGCCCUGGUGGCGAGGGUUUUGUCCCGUCUUUCGUUCGGCCCUGCAGCGGCCUCGGCGGGGAGCGCUCCCCGCCUCCCCCAGGCAGCGCCAUGCCGGCCGGCCCCGUGCAAGCUGUGCCCCCGGCGCAGCCCGCGCCGCCCGCCGAGAGCAAACCGCCAGAAGAGGAGCCAAAGGAGGAAGCCGCACCAGCCAAGCCUGUGGUGGGAAUUAUUUACCCUCCCCCAGAGGUCAGGAAUAUCGUCGACAAGACUGCCAGCUUUGUAGCCAGAAAUGGUCCAGAAUUUGAAGCUCGAAUUCGUCAGAACGAAAUAAAUAACCCCAAGUUCAAUUUCUUGAAUCCCAACGAUCCUUACCAUGCAUACUACCGGCACAAGGUCAGCGAGUUCAAAGAGGGCAAAGCCCAGGAGCCCUCAGCUGCUAUUCCCAAGGUCAUGCAGCAGCAGCAAAGUGCUCAGCAGCAGCUUCCACAGAAGGUGCAGGCCCAGGUGAUCCAGGAGACAGUCGUUCCCAAAGAGCCACCUCCAGAGUUUGAGUUCAUUGCAGACCCUCCCUCGAUCUCUGCCUUUGACCUGGAUGUGGUGAAGCUCACGGCACAAUUUGUGGCACGGAAUGGGCGGCAGUUCCUGACACAGCUGAUGCAGAAAGAGCAGCGGAACUAUCAGUUUGACUUCCUGCGCCCCCAGCACAGCCUUUUUAACUACUUCACUAAGCUGGUUGAGCAGUACACAAAGAUCUUGAUCCCACCAAAAGGCUUGCUCCUCAAGCUGAAGAAGGAGGCUGAAAAUCCCAAGGAGGUCUUGGAUCAGGUGUAUUACAGAGUGGAGUGGGCAAAGUUCCAGGAGCGAGAGAGGAAAAAGGAAGAGGAGGAGAAGGAGAAGGAACGUGUUGCUUAUGCCCAGAUCGACUGGCAUGACUUUGUGGUGGUGGAAACAGUUGACUUUCAGCCCAGCGAGCAAGGGAAUUUCCCUCCUCCUACCACUCCAGAAGAGUUGGGAGCUCGAAUCCUGAUCCAGGAGCGUUAUGAGAAGUUUGGGGAGAGUGAGGAGGUUGAGAUGGAGGUGGAGUCAGACGAGGAAGAUGAAAAGCAAGAGAAAACAGAGGAGCCUCCAGCCCAGCUGGAUCAAGACACUCAAGUGCAGGACAUGGAUGAGGGCUCAGAUGAUGAAGAUGAAGGUCAGAAGGUUCCUCCUCCUCCAGAAACCCCGAUGCCACCACCUCUUCCUCCCACACCAGAUCAGGUCAUUGUGCGGAAAGAUUAUGAUCCCAAAGCCUCAAAACCAUUACCACCUGCCCCAGCGCCAGAUGAGUAUCUCGUUUCCCCCAUCACUGGAGAGAAAAUUCCUGCCAGUAAAAUGCAAGAACACAUGCGCAUUGGUCUCCUGGAUCCUCGCUGGCUGGAGCAGCGUGAUCGGUCCAUCCGCGAGAAGCAGACCGAUGAUGAAGUCUAUGCCCCAGGUUUGGAUAUUGAAAGCAGCUUGAAGCAGCUGGCAGAGCGCCGUACUGAUAUCUUUGGUGUAGAGGAGACUGCCAUUGGUAAAAAAAUUGGGGAAGAAGAAAUCCAGAAGCCGGAGGAAAAGGUGACCUGGGAUGGCCACUCGGGCAGCAUGGCCCGCACACAGCAGGCUGCUCAGGCCAAUAUCACUCUCCAAGAGCAAAUCGAAGCCAUCCAUAAGGCCAAGGGACUGGUGCCAGAAGAUGACAGCAAGGAGAAGAUUGGUCCCAGCAAACCCAAUGAAAUCCCCCAGCCACCUCCUCCUUCAUCGGCAUCAAACCCCCCAGUUAGCGCUCAGCCGAUCACAUCCGUUCCUCGUCCGCCCACGAUGCCCCCUCCCGUUCGUGCCGCUGUGGUUUCUGCAGUUCCGGUCAUGCCUCGUCCCCCCAUGACUCCAGUGGUCCGUUUGCCUCCAGGAUCCGUCAUAGCAACCCCUAUGCCACCAAUAAUCCACACCCCUCGCAUCAACGUGGUCCCCAUGCCGCCCUCUGCUCCUCCCAUCAUGAGCCCCCGCCCGCCGCCCAUGAUAGUACCCACAGCCUUUGUUCCUGCGCCUCCCGUGGCUCCAGUACCGUCCCCAGCUCCAAUGCCUCCCGUUCACCCACCACCCCCCAUGGAGGAUGAACCAGUUUCCAAGAAACUGAAGAGCGAGGACAGCCUGAUUCCAGAGGAGGAGUUCCUGCGCAGGAAUAAGGGUCCAGUCACGGUCAAAGUCCAGGUUCCCAACAUGCAGGACAAGACAGAAUGGAAGCUGAACGGACAAGUGCUGGUGUUCACCCUGCCGCUUUCAGACCAGGUGUCCGUGAUAAAGGUUAAGAUCCACGAGGCCACAGGGAUGCCAGCUGGAAAGCAGAAGCUGCAGUACGAGGGCAUCUUCAUCAAGGAUUCCAACUCCCUGGCUUACUACAACAUGACCAGUGGCUCGCUGAUUCACCUGGCCCUCAAAGAGAGAGGCGGCAGGAAGAAAUAGGAGCCAUGGAGCCCCGAGACAUAACACAGCUGCGUUGCCUCUUGUGUAACCCCAACCUUUUGAGUCCUCCAGCCUAUCCAGGGCCACUGCGGCCACCCACCAGCUCUGGUGUGAGAGGGAGUUUUUGUUUGGGCGGCUGACAGAGAGGGGAGGUUGGCAGAGCCCUGAAGCUGUAUGAGUGUAGUGACCCUGUAGGUAAUAGCAGCAGUCUUAGUGAUCGAUGCUUUGCUCCAGGGCCAGCUCGCCCUUGAAUUCCCUUGUGGAUGCUGAGGUCUUGCCCAGCUCAGUCGAGCGCCCUCUUUGCAAUACUCACUGCCUAAGAACAUCAUCUGUCCGACAGCACUUGCUGCUUUGUUUAUCCCUGUUCUAACUGUGAAAACCUCUGCCUUCUCAACUGCUUAUUAAACCCCUUGUUCUUCCUCUGUCUCCCAUCUCUCUGCACGAACUCUCGCACUGACCCUGAUCUGGAAAUGUAUCCUCCUUCAGCAUGAGCGUACACGGCUGCUCCCUGCAGCAGAGGAGAGCCGGGUCUGCCGCUCCCGUGCAGCCUGUGAUUUGUUGUAAUAAACACACCGCGUGCUGUGACUUUCUGCCUCUGGAAUUCCUUGAGGUUCAGAUGUGUCAGAGAGAGACGUGACUGGCUUGGAGAAACUCAGAUGGGCUGUGGGAAAGUGAUUCUGUUCGAGUCUGUGCUCUUCAGGAUGUGGUUUGGUAGGGAUGGUGGAAUUGGGCUGAUGGCGGAAUUGGGCUGAUGUCUGGACUCAGUCUCAAAGGUCUUUUCCAGCCUUAAUGAUUCUACAGAAGACAUGGGGGGCUUUAAU